GUAUAGUGGAUAAUUUUAUUAAAGAAAGGUUUUUAACAUCAGGAGCCUGUGGGUGAAACUUAAAGGUACAAGAUGUUUUGUUACCAGGUACAGGUACAUUUUUUUGCUCCAGACCUGUGUUACAUGUAUGUGCAUACCUGUAUAUCAUAGACAUACAUUGUAUGUAUAUUGUUAACGGCCUAUCAUUAAGGAUGAACAGGAAAGUAUUCAGAUGACAUUUCAAGUGUCAUUUAAAAUCUGCCUCAUGAAGUGUUAUCUUUUAAACCACUUGGACUGUAACUUUUUACCCCAUUACUUUUUUUUCACGUGGUGUGCUUUACAUGGAUUUUGAGUUAAGAGGAUCAGACUAGUUGGUAAAUGCCCACAGAAAUCGUUAAAAAUGGCUGGCUGCUGUAAUUCCAUUGCAAGAUGUCUGUUGAUAUUGUUCAACAUCCUUUUUUGGCUUUCUGGUGCUGCACUCCUUGGUUUAGGGAUUUGGUUCAAAGUGGACAAGAACAUUAACUCCUACCUGGACGUGAUUGAGGUUGACACGGAGGACCCGUAUUUCGACUAUGCAGUCUAUGUCCUCAUUGCAUUUGGAGCCUUUGUGUUCCUCGUAGGAUUCUGUGGCUGUUGCGGGGCAGUCCGGGAGAGCAAGUGUCUUCUGGGAUUUUACAUCUUUUUCCUGAUGAUCAUCAUUGGAGGAGAGAUUGCAGCUGCUGUCUUUGGAUUUCUGUACAAGGAUAAGGUGGAAACAAAAGUGAAUGAUCUUCUAAUGGAGACCAUGGAAAAAUACAAGACAAGCAAGAACGUGAGGAACGCUUGGGACUUUGUGCAGAUUGAGUUGGAUUGCUGUGGAUCAGAUUCUUAUGAAACAUGGAAAAACCUGAGCAUCAGAUACAAUGCUCAACCUGUCGACUUUCCAUCUACUUGCUGUGUUUUGACUGACAAAACAAAAGCUAUUGAUGAUCUGGAUUCAGCCAUGCCAAAGGAUGCCACAUUAUGCUUUAAUGCAACUGAAGGCUACUAUCAUUCAAAGGGAUGUAAGGAUGGAUUGAAAGAUUUAAUCAUGGAAUACAACUGGAUUAUAUUUGGAGUAGCAAUUGGAAUUGCAUUUCUAGAGGUCAUAGGAAUCGUUUUCGCCUUCUGCGUUUGUCGAGAAAUCAACAAGGAUGACUAGAGCAGGUGCCGGGGACAUGUGAAGUUUUCAUCCAACCAUUGUCAUUGUUUUGUGUGUUUACCAGGAUAUUUUCACACCAGCUUUAAAACAGAAACUUGUAAUACUUGUUCAGCGUGUAUAAUGAAGGGGGCAUUGUGACAGCUAUCAAUGCUUGUUAUACGACCGCUUUCGAAGCAUCUGUUUUUGUUCGUGAUUAUGGGGAAAAUGAAAAAAAAAACCAUUCCAAGGUUGGCAUUUGCUUCAUUCUGCCCUAAAAUAAUGAGUAUUUACAUUCACCAAUCACUUAUCGGUAGUAUAUUUUGUUGUAUAUGUGACAAUAUCAUUUACAUUUUAACUGAAAAGUACAUACAUCUUUGCUUAGAUUAUACUUGAGCAAACAAAAUGAAGGAAAAAAAUCUUGGAUUGGUUUGUGAACUGCUCGGACUGAGUUCUAAGAUAUUUGUUACUUGUAUUACCAGGUUCUUGUAUGUUGUACUGAUAUUUCAGCUUUAUUGGCAGAUAUCAUUUCACUGCAUUUACAUGUAUAUGCAGCCAUUUCAUUGGUUAUUGCUAGGACAAACAUUUAGAAAUUCUAAUUUAAAUAGAUUCUUUCAAUGCAGUUGCCCGAUUAAAUUGUAGUGCCUUUAGAAGAAAAUCAUCAUCAUUUUGCAUUGUCUGCAAUUUGUUUUGAAAAUCCAUGUUUAAUCAUUGUAGAGAUCAAUUUUUAUUGAUUUCUGAAUGCAGUGUAUUUGUAACAAUUUUUUGAAAAUUUGACCAAAUGUUAAAAAGCACAAUUCAAUUCGUGAACAAGCUUUUUUUUCUUAAAAUUACAUGAUUUAGAUAGGAAGCAGUAGCUUGCUUAUACUUUCUUUAUAUUAGGAGUAUAGAUGGGAGGUAUAUUAUUUUUGUUUUAUCAUUCAUAUAUAUAUGUACCGUUUAUAUGCAAAAUUAAUGUUACUAUGUAAUUUAAUUUUUCUGUUCAGCCGCAAUUUUGUUGAAUUUUUUUUAUCAUAAGAAUUAUCUUGAAAUUUGGUUGUUAUUUAAAUACUUUUUGAAAAGAAUAAGAGUUGAGUUUUCAAGUUGGAAUCUUUUUCCUUCAAUAACUAUCAUAUAUAAUAUUAUAUAUUUUACAAAGUAUAUACUAUAUUGUUCAGUGUAUUUAUAUUUGAACUUGAAUGUAUUUCAAAUAUUUUCAUGGCUUUUUAUAUCUUCUAGAAUAUAUUUUUUACCUGAGUAAAUUAUAAAUAAAUUAUUGUCUAUAGUAAGUAUACAUAUUUUUACCAUUGAAUGUUUUGUUAUUAAGCUUUAAUGUUCCAUUUACCUUAUCACAUAGUAUUAUUUCUUUGGGAUUUUUUUCUUGCAAAGCUUUUGAUAAAAUUUUGAAGAUCUUUUCCAUCAACUGUUGUACAUUUAUGAAAAUAUGUAAAUGUUUUCCAUCAACUGUUGUAUAUUUAUAAAAGUUUGUAGAAUUUUUCGAUUAACUGUUGGACAUUUAUCUUGAGAUAUUUAUUCAAUGUUUACCUUAUCAGAGUCGCACACAUUUAUUAAGACCUAAGUGAUGCAUAUAGACUUAGAUUUCUUUGAUUAACAUGCUUUCUCUAUGUUGGAAUUUGUUGUUAUUAACAGAUUUUGAAUUCUUUACACCGUAUUGUGGUUAAAUAAGGAUAAAGCAUUUUUGGCAGCAACAGAAAUGCAUGUCAAUAAGCAUAAACAUGGUUAUCAGAAUGCAACAUUUUCAACAUCAAAAUAGCAAAAAAAAAUUGCUUUUCAUUGGGUGAGGAAUGUUACAAAUAGAAUAACUGUGGUUCUAAUUAUCAUUCCAUAAAAAUAAUUUAGUUUUUCAACAACAAAAAAUAGUGUAGCUGUGCUGUGGACCUACCUCUUGGUUAGGGGAACCCCCUGGGAUACCCCGACCUAGCUUAUACUUAGUCACUUAAACAUGUUCAUGUUGUACCUAUAUUUUUGUACACUGAUAGUCAAAGCCACAUGUAUUAUGCAAAUGGGACAAGUCAGGUAUUUAACCCCCAUCAGGUGUCAUUGAAGAACCGCAAGGGUCAGAGACACAAAUUACUUGUACUUAUUGGUAGUUUUAACCAAGUAAGUACGGAGUUUUUAACUGGGUAAUUUCAUAGUGUACAUGUAUUACUGUAAAAGUGGUUAUUUACACUGGUGGUGAAGUACGUGUUUUCAAUACUGUAGAUUCCUAAUUAAAUGUGAGGAAUUAAUAUCUGCGUAAACUUGCAAGAAGCACACCUUUAAUUUAAAAUUUCGCUUUUAUUAUUGGUCAUAUGUAAACUAAAUGAAACUAGGCUAAAAAUUUGGUGUUCAGUAUUUUAUAUUCUGACAUGAUUUGAUGCAAACCAGUUGAUUCGCGGAAUUAAGUACUCAAGUAAAUUAAGGUAUCUACAGUAGUCAAACAAUCUGCGUGGGUAUUUGAUACGCGGAUGCUUGAUUUACCUCACAAAAGUUUAGAUUUUUUACCAUAUAUGUGCGUGUAUUUCCGCGGUUUAAAGCGUUAUGUGUAACAAGUGUAAUCUUCCUCCACACAUAUAUGAAAAUAACCACUUUUACAGUAUGUUUUUUGGAUGGUGGUAAAUUUGUAUGAUAUUGAGAAUUGUUAUUAGACAAGGGCUACAAACUGGAAGAUAUACUACUUGUUACCAAAGAAGUGGACAACAAUUUGUGAUAAAACAUUAGGUCAAGAUCUUAGGUUACACGCUUUUAUCAUCAAAGCUUAGAUUUCUUGAUGUAAAAUCCUCCAUGACAUAACUUGUAUUAAAGCUAGCUGUACUUUCUAUCCUGUUUGCUACAAGUAUUUUAAAACCAGCUUUUAAAUGCUACGGUAAUUUUGAAAGUCCCGUUAAGAGAUACCGUUAUUAGUAAUCAAAAUAUUAUGGAAUAUGGUUUAAUGAAAGAAGUAUUAUUCAAACAAACAAGAUAAACUGGGACUAAAGAGACCUAUUGUUGAAUUAUUGAUAUUGAACGAAUACAAUUUCCUUUUGAUAUUACUUAUAUAUAGCAGUUAUAUUAUAAAAUAUUUUUAUUGCAGUUUUCAUCUCUAGAGAUAUCAAUGGUUUAUUGUUAUUGUGUAUUGUUUAUUUUUUUAUAUACAUCUAGUUAAAUAUUUAGUAAGAUAAGGGCUGUAAUUAGUGCAUAAUAUCAUAGAAUGUGGUUCAUUAAUUUUUGACAACAAGACUCUUAUUUCAUUGUUGUGUAUUCUGGUUUUCAGUAAUAAAAAGGAGUACUUUUCGUUGAUAAA